AUGCCGUUACCACAUGUGGAAGAAUCGAUUACGGAGUUGAAGCGCGUGUUUGGAAUGGUGGGGAAACAGCCAGUGGGUGUUGGUGUGCUAACAAACCACGAGGGGAUGUACCCGGGAGACGAGACUUUCGAUCCAUUGUGGGAGUACCUACAAGAGAGAUCCGCAAAGAUGGGAAGCGAUGGGAGGGAGGUCGUCUUUGUGCAUCCAACAGAGCCCAUUAUCAAGCUCGACGAUGGCCGAUUGAUAAAUUCUCGACCAUCACCUCUUCGCUCCGGUCUCGGAGAAUUCUACUUCGAAACUGCGCGCGCCAUCUCGAGUCUAACAGCCUCAUCCACAUUCCUCAAGUUCCCGUCCCUCCACUACCGCAUAUCCCACGGCGCAGGCGCUUUCCCCGAUAUCUCCGAGCGUUUCCUUCUCGGCUUCCCCAACAUCUCGACCGCAGCAAGGGAAGCCUACAAAACACGCUUUUGGUACGAUAGUGCAGGACCAGUCUGGCCAAAUCAGGUCAAAGGGCUGACGGAAGGAAUGGGUAUUCCAGUUAGUCAGAUGGUGUUUGGGACGGAUUAUCCGUAUGGCAUCGGGUUUUGGGAUGUGGAUGCUAAUAUUGAUGGGUUGGCAUGGGCGGGAGAAUUAAGGUUUGAGGAGAAGGAGAAGGUGUUUUGGGGGAAUGCGAAGGAGUUGUGGAGAGGGAAGAUUGCCUUGUUGGAUGGUAUGGAAGAGUAG